UGGAUUCUACUCUGAUAGAGUAAAGAGUAGGCACACAAAAAACCAUGGACACCACUUCGCAAAAUUCCUGUCUCACAAUUCUGUUGAACUCAAAAAAUGUCCCUUUGUUUCUCCUCCAGUUCACUAUUCAAUCUUCAUUCUCCACCAAAGAAUCAAAGCUUCUCAGCAAGGUUCUCUUCUCAAUUCAUCAACCAAAUUCAGGUAAGCUCUUUCCCUUAUGCUCUAAAGUAUUCAUCUUUAAAUUUAUCCCAACCCUUUAAGUGUAGCAUUCAAAGACUCAAACCCGUUACAGCGUCAACAGCUGGGUCUGUUGAAACCACCUUAUCUUCCUUCAGAAACAAAAACCCAAAAGAUAUUAACAUCUUGGUGGUGGGUUCAACUGGGUAUAUUGGAAAGUUUGUGGUUAAUGAGUUAAUUAGUAGAGGGUUCAAUGUUAUAGCCAUUGCUAGAGAGAGGAGUGGGAUUAAAGGUAAAAAUAGCAAGGAAGAGACUUUGAAUCAGUUGAAAAGAGCCAAUGUGUGCUUUUCAGAUGUGACCAAUUUGGAUUCUUUGGAGAAAUCUUUGGAAAACUUAGGGGUUUCUGUUGAUGUUGUAGUCUCAUGCCUUGCUAGCCGUAGUGGUGGUGUUAAGGAUUCAUGGAAGAUUGAUUAUGAGGCAACAAAGAAUAGUCUUGUUGCUGGUAGGAACCGUGGGGCUUCCCAUUUUGUGUUGCUUUCUGCAAUAUGUGUGCAGAAGCCUCUUCUCGAAUUUCAGCGUGCCAAGCUGAAGUUUGAGGCUGAAUUGAUGAAAGAAGCUGAAGAGGAUAAGGGGUUCGGUUAUAGCAUAGUGAGGCCAACUGCAUUCUUUAAAAGUUUGGGGGGUCAGGUUGAGUUGGUGAAAGAUGGGAAGCCUUAUGUCAUGUUUGGAGAUGGGAAGUUGUGUGCUUGUAAACCGAUAAGCGAGUCGGAUUUGGCGUCGUUUAUUGCAGAUUGCGUGUUGAGUGAAGAUAAGAUUAACCAGGUACUGCCAAUUGGUGGACCGGGGAAGGCAUUGACACCACUAGAGCAAGGGGAGUUGCUGUUUAGGCUCUUGGGGAAGGAACCCAAGUUCUUGAAAGUGCCAAUAGGGAUAAUGGAUUUUGCUAUUGGGGUUCUUGAUUUCCUGGUUAAAAUUUUUCCUUCUAUGGAAGAUGCUGCAGAGUUUGGGAAAAUCGGAAGGUAUUAUGCAGCUGAGAGUAUGUUGGUUUUGGAUCCUGAAACUGGAGAGUACAGUGCUGAGAAAACGCCUAGCUAUGGUAGAGACACAUUGGAAGAAUUCUUUAAGACGGUACUGAGGGAGGGAAUGGCAGGUCAGGAAUUAGGGGAGCAAACAAUUUUUUGAAGUUCACGAAGUCAUUUAGAGUUAGUAAUUUCAAUAGCUAAAUUGGAUCAACCAGUUUUGUAAUACAGUCCACUUCAAGGUAUUUGGUUUCUUAUUGACUGUAUUUUUAUGAGUUUACAACAAUCUCUUUCCCAAAUGUUAAAUAUUUGCAUUAUUAUUAUCUGCUGUGAACUGCUUUUGAAUAUAGCAUUGUCAUUGCUAAUAUAUACCUGUAUUGUGAUCACUCACUGAUAUUUUUGUCUUGUAACUGUAACUGAGUUUAUUUGCUUCUCUACUGGUACAUAGUUUGAUUGGGAUAACACCUAGAACAUGUUAAAGCGAGUUAGAUACAUAGAGAUGAGUAAAAUGUUGCACUUCUCUUCUUUGUUUGUUUACAUACUGUCUAUAUAAAGGGACCAAGCCAAUGAGUACAUUUGAGUAGUGAAACCUCACUUUGAGAUCUUUUUAGAAAUCUUCUAUCACCAUGGCUAUGUCAAAUCAUCAUUCUAGAAACUAGAAAACAGGAGACGUUCAUAAUGAUGUGCUUCUGUGUGCCAACGCACCUCCAGAUGCGCUUCCUGGGCGGAAAACCUUGUAGAUUGUAGGCAUUUAUUGUCGAUUUUGAUUCAUUUGUUUAAGUUUUAAUGUAUAGCAUUCAACACAAAAAAUGCCCUGGUUUGUGCCUGAAGAUUAUACCAAGUCUUAGAAGCAUCAUGUCCCAGGUCUAAGGCUAUGAAAGGCAGCAAGCCAAUGAGGCACCUGAUACAACGAGUCUGAUGACCAGAGUAUCCAAAAGAUCUCGGCCUGGGCACAUGUUCUAUUUUGGCGUGUCUAUGUCCCACAUGGAAUAAGUGAGAGAAGAGCAAAAGCACAGAUGAGCUAUAAAAACAGAAGCAAGCUACAGUAAAAAGCAUACCUUUCUCGGCCUUUUGGCUAAGAUCAAGUGUAGUAUCUGUUCUUCUCAGUUUAAUAUCUGAUGCAUGGCCCAAUGGGUCAUGUAUCAUGUGACCCAACCCAUUGGGUCACAUGAUAUUAAAUAAAUUUUUUAUGGGGGAAGGCCCGUAAUGGUAGCUUGCUACUGGGGCCUUUGAGCGUCGCCCAUGCUUUGCACUACUGCACGGGCCUGGCGCACCCCACCCAAA